CAUUUGUCGAGGAAAAAAAAAAAGAAAAGAAAAGAAAAGGCCAAAUCCUCCAGCGAAGGUCCCAUUUCGAAGGUAGAGAUAUAUCUAGGCAAUUCCCCGGCGGAUUCGCCCCCAAUUGAGGUCUGUUCUACGACUCCUGGUGGGAAAAUUGACCAACAACACUCUCAAAUCACAACACCAAACCAUGCCGCUUCCGCAACUCCUCAUCGGCAAAGUGGCCGCCAUCACCGGCGGGUUGACCGGGAUUGGCAGAGCCAUUGCCCUCGACUACCUUCGACACGGCGCCAAGGUAGCCGUCAACCACCUCGGGGGCCCGAACGACGAGCCACUCCUGGAGGCGCUGCGCAAGGACGCGUCCGCGGUGAGCGGAGGCGACGAGAGCAGAUUCAUCGCCGUGGCGGGGGAUAUCUCGCAGCCCGAGACGGGGCGCGAGUUCGUCGCCCAGACGGUCGAGGCAUUCGGACGGCUGGAUGUGUUUGUGAGCAAUGCGGGGGUGUGCAAGUUUGAAGAAUUCUUGGAGGUCGACCCUUCCCUGCUCGGCCACACCUUCAACACCAACCUCUCCGGUGCCUUCUACGCCGUGCAGGCAGCCGCGCGACAGAUGGCGCUCGCCCAGUCGCCGCCCGGCGGCUCGAUCAUCGGCAUCAGCUCCAUCUCAGCGCUGGUCGGCGGCGGGCAGCAGACCCACUACACGCCCACCAAGGCCGGCGUGCUCAGCCUCAUGCAGUCGACGGCCGUGGCGCUGGGCAAGUACGGCAUCCGCUGCAAUGCGCUGCUGCCGGGGACCAUCCGCACGCAGCUGAACGACGAGGAUAUGAGCGACCCCGCGAAGCGGACGUACAUGGAAGGCAGAAUCCCGCUGGGACGUCUGGGCCAGCCGCCGGAUCUGGCGGGCCCCGCGGUGUUUCUGGCGUGCGAGGAGUUAAGUGGCUAUGUGACUGGUGCACAGCUGCUCGUGGAUGGUGGAUUGUUUGUGAAUCUUCAGUAG